AGACGUUUUUAGCGUCCACAUCACGAACUAAAUUCCUCCCAGGAAGUGACUAAGAAGGAAAAGAGGUUUCUGAGAAGAAUACGUAUUCUUUUUUCCCGUACUUAUUUCAACUUAUUUUAAUCUAUUUUGAUAAGUUUCCUUGGUUGACAUCAUGGACCUGCAACAGCUUUAUUAAUACGCAGAACCUGUAAAAUCAUCUGUUUGCUUACUGUCUCGUUGUUCUACUGCAAAAACUGUGUUUUCAAAUGAAAGAAGUUCCAAGUUGUUUUGGCUGAAAAGAGGAUUUAGCGUCUGCUUUGUUAAGCAUUUGAUAUCAGAGCCACUUAAUUUGGUGGUAUCGAUAUAGGUAAACUACAACCUAGAUUGACGCCUUUUGUGAGGAUGGAAUUAGAAUCGAAUGCGGCUGUGAUCAUCACAGUCCUCUUAAUUCUUGUUGUUGUGGACAUUACAAGCAAUACACUGGUCUGUUUGAUUAUCAUGCGACAUCUCCAAAGGAGGACUCAGAUGAAUUAUUUACUAUUGAACCUGGCUAUUUGCGAUGUGCUAUUUGCAAUCUUUAUUACCCCAAAGAUUAUUGUAAGUUACAACAUUAGCCAUCCAGACGGAGUGACAGGCGUCAUCUUAUGUAAGCUGUUGACUGGUGGAAACAUGGCAUGGGUUUCUGGAGCAUUUUCAGUUAUAAUUUUAGUUACCAUUGCUGUUGAACGAUAUCACACGGUGAGGUACGCGUUUGAUCCAAACAGGAAACUGACCAAGCGUAAACUAAAGGUGAUCGUCCUUUGUUCUUGGAUAUUCGCUGUGUUUUUUAACUUACCACUCUUUCUUGUCCGUACCUUUGAGAUGGCGGAAGCAAAUAACUAUUGUGUUCAAAUCUGGCCUGAAAAGUGGAUGUCUUCAGUUUAUUGUGUGGCAUGGUUAUUCUUGGUCGUGGCUUCCGCUGUCACUAUGACUGUAUUAUACUCACGGGUCAUUUACACCUUGUGGCACCAUCCCAAUGAUGGCAAUCCAUUGACCUAUAAACAACAAGGUGUGCUGAGGGUGCGUAAACGCGUCACUUUGAUGGUCAUCUCAGUAAGUGUCAUAUUCGCAGUUUGUUGGGGAGCAGAGUCGGUUGAAUACGCACUGAGAAUCACCUCCAAUCUCAACAUCAGCUUUGUCCAUAUUGCUACUGUCGACAUGAUGGUACUGUUCAACUCAGCCGUCAACCCCUUCGUGUAUGCCCUCUUGAACCAUCAAUUCAGACAGAAGAUCAAGGAAGUGAUGAGUUGCACACGCCUUGUGGCACACAGGCCUCGGGCUGAAACAGCUAAAGAAACUAAGCUUUGAUUAGACACACGAAAAACCUUGUCUUAUCCACGUUAUCAAAAAACAUUGUAAGAUUGAUUUUAGAAGCAAAACUCUUGGCUCAAAAAAGUCUAGGGUCUGACCGGUUUUUUGUAAUCAAAUCGUAUCUAACAAGAGAUAAUCUAAAUGAGCUUGAGCGAGUGAUCAACAAUUGCCGUCUUUUACUAACAAAACUAUAGCCAACUAAGAGCUUCAAAAAAACUAAACCGACAGUCCUAGGCAUGUCCUUUUUCAUGCCACAGAUUUUUAGAUAUCUUACAGUUAAUUGGUAUGUUAUACGAUGGUAAACCUGGUGUCUACUAAUAUUACUACUACUGUUACUACUAGUCAUUUUAAAAAUAUUUUAUUUAUA